AUGCCCAACCCCACGAAUCCGAACGCCCCCUCGCUGAUCUGGGACAUCUUCCUAUACCCCACUGUGGCCAAACGCAUAACUGGGCGGAACACCGUCGUGGACCUCGCACCCAAAUUCCGCGACCCAGCGACGCAUCCGGCUGUCGCCAAAGUAGUCAUCCUAUGCGACGCGGGCAUGGCAGGCGAUUUCUGGGGUCCGAUCGUCAUCGAGCGAGAUAAUGUCGUCACUGUCAGGGACAUACUUUUCGGUAUCUACGAGUACUACCAGACGGCGAUGUCUGAGGAGGAAGUGCAAUAUGUCGCGAGCUUGGAUCCCGACAACUAUACGAAGAUGACAGACGCGUGCUAUCGGCGCUGCGAGGGGACACCCGCUCUGCCUGGGUACGUGCUGAGACAAGGUCUCAAGCGUGUGGAUUGCUUGGGUGGCAAGACCACUUUCCACGGCAUAUGGGUCACAAUGAACCCCGACAGCACCUGGCAGAUGAACCUCAGUCUCAUUGGUAACAGGAGACGUGUAUAA